AUGGAAUUCGCCAGCAUCUCGCGGGAGGCCCUAGAGCUCUACUGCUGCAGCGGCCAGAGGCUUGCACGGGCCCAGGGUAGAGGGUUCUCAUUGCAGGUCCGGGGUUCUUAUCUCUUUUUUCUAGGAACAGCAGCAAACGAGCAGCAGCAGCAGCAGCAGCAGCGGGAGCAAGAUCAGCUGCCGCUCCCGGUCUCACCUAGGGCGCUUGACGAGUUGCUGCUCCUCACCCCUAGAGCAGCAGCAGCAGCAGCAGAAACAGCAGCAGCAGCAGCAGCAUAUCCAGCAUCAGCCUUGGGGACGGCAUCUUCUUUCACUGCCUCAACACAGGCAGAAACAGCCGCCUCCACAACAGCAGGAACAACAGCAACAGCAGCAGAAGCAGCAGUAGCAGCAGCAGCAGGGGAACGACCGUAA